GCAUGAUGUUUUAACUUAUAGGUUUUUGUUAUUGUGCUUGGAUGUAUCAAUUUAAAUAGUAAUAAAUUGCUACUAGACCAGGUACAACUCAAUCGUUUGGUGUUGCAACAGGGACGACUUUCGGAAGAAUUUUUUCUUAACACCCGUCUGUCAAUGUCAAACAACUAAAAAGUAAAAACUGCCUUAUCGUAAGUUCCUUGUGGGACUUUGUUCUUACUUAUAGUCCCAUAAGAAGGUAUAUGUUAACAAAAAUAAUGAUUGUAAUUUACAGUUAGAGUGAUGUAGUUUUAGUUUAUUCAUCAUGCCUGUAAAUAAACUUUGUAAAUUACCCUUUUUAUACAGAUAUGUGAUAAGAAACUCUCUCAUACCAUUUAGAAAAUUUUGUAAUCAUAGCAAUCUUCAAACAGGCUAUCUUUUUGUAGGUGAAACAGAUAGGUUUAAUGGAAUAACAGUAAAUACUGCAUUAGUACAUUGUGAAAGAACACAAUUAACAAAAACUCUUGAAGCUUCAAUACAGAAAUGGUCUUCAGAGGGAAAGAGAUGCAUUUGGUUUAAAGUUAACAUAAAAGAUUCCUUCUAUGUUCCAAUACUAGCAGAGAAAGGUUUUAAUUUCCAUCAUGCCAGAGAUGACUUUGUUAUGAUGUACAAAUGGCUCCCCAUUGACUCUACGCCUAAUCUACCUCCGGCAUGUCACACCAAUUUGGGUGUAGGUGCUUUGGUGUUUAAUAACAGAAACCAGCUUUUGGCCAUAUCAGAAAAACACUAUGAAUACCCUCAUUGGAAGCUCCCAGGUGGCUAUGUGGAGCAAGGUGAAGAUAUAAAAGAUGCAGCAGUUAGAGAAGUAAAAGAGGAGACGGGAGUUGACUGUAAGUUUAUCUCCUUGCUCACGUUUAGACACCAGCACAAUAUGAUGUACAAUAACUCUGAUAUAUACAUGCUCCUUAUGAUGAAAGCGCUCACAGAAGACAUAGUUUUAUCACACAGAGAAGUUAAAGAGUGUAAAUGGAUGUUUAUAGAGGAAUAUUUAAAUCAUCCGCAUGUACACCAAUUCAAUCGCAUCAUAGUAGAAAAAGCGAAUGACUACAGAAAUAAAAAUUUGAGGUUAGACUUAGAAAAGAAAACUGUGAAAUGGUCACAAUACACAAGGGAGAUGACAUAUUUGACAAUAAAUGAGUAUGAUUAUAAAUAA